CGUCAUGACGUCACACUAUCCGCCCCACGACCAGCUUCCUCGUGAGUGACCGACCACUCUCGAAUUUAGCGAUACCUUCCGAGUGCUUCACUGCUCUGUUAUCAAAACGCUGUGCAACAGGCUAACAAAUUCGGAAAGGCGGACACAUCCUCAUUCGGGGCUGAACAAUUAAUCCAUGAUGAUGAUCCCGUCAUAUUAUCACAUAUACACAGACAACAGAAGCCAGUAAAAAGGCAUUGGAGGAGUGGUGAUGAGGAGAUCAACAAACACAUUUGCAGACAUGAUGAACAUACCAGAAUACUACGCAGGGAAAAAUGUGCUGAUCACUGGAGCAACUGGCUUCAUGGGAAAGGUAUUGCUGGAGAAGCUGCUAAGGUCAUGCCCAGGAAUUAAUGCUGCCUAUGUGAUGGUCCGGUCAAAAGCUGGCCAGGGCCCUCAGACACGUAUUGCUGACAUGAUCAGCAGCAAGUUGUUCGAAAGGUUACAAGAUGAGCAGCCAGGCUUUGCAGAGAAGAUCAUUGCAGUCAGCAGCGACCUCACAAAACCAGAACUGGAUCUGAGUAAGGAGAAUCAAAGUUUACUGGCUGAAACCAUCAACAUUGUCUUCCACUGUGCCGCCACUAUUCGCUUCAAUGAGCCACUGAAAGAUGCAAUGCAGUUGAAUGUCUUGGCAACUCAGAAGAUGCUCGCUCUGGCCCAUAAGAUGAAGCAUCUCGAAAUCUUCAUCCACGUAUCCACAGCCUAUGCCAACUGUGAUCGAGAGCUCAUUGAGGAAAUGGUCUAUCCUCCCCCAGUAGAGUACGUCAAACUCAUCGAUGCUCUGGAUUGGAUGGACGAUGAAUUGGUGUCCGCACUGACUCCCAAACUGAUUGGUCAGCGACCCAACACUUACACUUAUACAAAAGCCUUAGCUGAGUAUCUUGUGCAGCAGGAGGCCGCUGACCUCAAUGUUGCUAUUGUCAGGCCUUCCAUCGUUGGUGCCAGCUGGAAAGAACCUUUUCCCGGUUGGAUUGAUAAUUUCAAUGGACCAAGUGGAAUAUUCAUUGCAGCUGGUAAAGGGAUACUACGUACAAUGAGAGCAUCUAAUGAUGCAGUAGCUGACUUGGUGCCUGUAGACGUAGUCAUCAAUGCUACGCUGGCUGCAGCCUGCUAUUCUGGAUCGCAACACAAGAACAGGCCCAAAUCCAUCCUGGUUUACAACUGCACAACCGGUGGCAUCAACCCAUUUCGCUGGGGAGAAGUUGAAUACCAUGUAAUAUCUACUUUCAAGAGGAACCCUCUCGAGCAGGCUUUCCGUCGGCCGAAUGUUAAUCUCACAUCCAAUCACCUAAUCAAUCAGUACUGGAUUGCUGUGAGCCACAAGGCUCCAGCCUUCUUGUAUGAUGUGUACCUCAGGCUGAUUGGACGAGAACCCAGGAUGAUGAAGACAAUCACUCGCCUUCAUAAAGCCAUGAUGGUGCUGGAAUAUUUUACUAGUCACUCCUGGGUGUGGAGCACAGACAACCUAGCCAUGUUGAUGGCCAACAUGAACCCUGAGGAUAAAAAGGUGUUCAAUUUUGACGUCCGCCAGCUGAACUGGGCAGAGUACAUGGAAAAUUACUGCAUGGGCACCAAAAAAUAUGUCCUCAAUGAAGAGCUUUCAGGCCUGCCCGCUGCACGCAAACACCUCAACAAGCUGAGGAAUAUCCGCUACACUUUCAACACCAUCCUAGUGGUGCUCAUCUGGCGUAUUUUCAUUGCCCGAUCACAGAUGGCUCGAAAUAUCUGGUACUUUGUCGUGAGCCUCUGCUUUAAGUUUCUUUCCUACUUCCGAGCCUCUUCCACCAUUAAAUAAUGAUCCAGAGUCGCUGUUGAGGGCGGCAAGGUGGAGAAACACAAACAUGAAAAUAUACUGGCUAUGGAUGUUUACAGAAACGUGCAUGUCUAUUCCAUUGGUUGUGUGUCCCCCCCCUGGGUCCUCGAAAAAUAGCGACGCUUUCAAAGCAAUUAUACUUGGUGAUCAUCAAUUAAAUACUGUUGGUGUCUAGAAUGCACAACUUCAAUGUUGCAAAUCUUUGAUUUUCAUAUUCUAAUAUGACCAUCAAAUUAAUUCAACCACCCCUUCAUGUUUGGUGUACUUGCCCGACUACCUAAUAACAAACACACUGCUAGUUUCAGUCAGUCCCAAUACACUGUCUUUGGUACUUGAAGCAUUGUGUGAGUGAGUGAGUGAGUGAGUGAGUGAGUGAGUGAGUGAGUGAGUGAGUGAGUGAGUGAGUGAGUGAGUGAGUGAGUGAGUGAGUGAGUGAGUGAGUGAGUGAGUGAGUGAGUGAGUGAGUGAGUGAGUGAGUGAGUGAAUUUAUAAUGGGCCUGAAUCGUACAUGGAUUUUCAUCGUUCACAAGUUGCGGGGAUCCUCUGUAUAUGUAUACCGUAUAGAUGGCUAGCGUUGGGCCUAAACCUUGUACCUCCAAAAUAGUUACUUUUCAGGAGAUCCCAAAAAUAGCAAGUUUGUUCAACCAUUAGCUUUGCAUUGUGAAAGAGAGCCAGCCAUUUCCAACACUUUAGAUUUCUCAAUCUGUCAAAAUAACUCCUAAACAAUUACUUAUAGUUUAGGUUUUGAAAGGACUAUGAAAUUCACCAAAAUGUGACUUAUGAGGUUUUGGCCCGACGUCAGCAAUAUACGCUAUGCAAUACGUAUACAUAUAAUGCCUUGAGAUGCCUUAACAGUUACUAGUUUAAAAGAGAAAGAAGAAAAAAAAGCAGAAAAAGUAUACCUGUUGUCACGGUAUCAGAAGUUGCACAUUUAAGUGUAAAUCCAAUCAUUUUGAGAGCCAAUGUUUGGUCUGGCUAGUGGCCACCACCACCAAACCUGCUUAAAGUUAAGCCAUGUGAUUCAUAUUCAUCACAAAUGUGCAACUGCUGACGUUCCAGUACUUCUGUUUUAAGGACAGCUUCUAAAUGACCUUCAGAAGAGUUUCUAUUUUGAUCCUUUCUUGGCCAAAGGUCACCCUUUAGCUGUUUAUUGCUUGUCGCAAUGUACGUUAGAUCCUGUACAAUGUACAAUAGUUACCAGUGCCUAGUGCUUGCUAAUUAAGCUAAUUAUCAAUGUCAGUCAUUUGUGACACUUGUAAAGAUUUUCUUUUGCUCCAUCCAAUUGCAUAUUGAAGUGAUUGUUCGUGUAGCAUUUGUUUUGUUGAUGUUUUGAACCUUAAAGCCCGUUGUUAAUCAUGUUAAGGAUGCAUUUGCCUCCGUAAGGGCACGCUCGUACCAAAACUUUGUUGACUUCAUUCGGUUUUACUGAACGUAGAAGUAUCAGUGUGAGUGUCUGUGUCUAUUUUCCUAUCGACGCUAUAAUAUUUGCAUAAUCUGGGCGUGACCUCGCUGAAGUUUGCUCAUAUGUUUGUUCUUGUCUUCUCUAUGGCUUAGGUGACAACGUUCACAUAUAUUCAGGUGUUGUCCUUUAAAUGUCCUGGAGUGAAAAAUAAUUUGUCGUUUGUUCCACAUUUUUUUGUGUUCAGUGCCUAAACAUUUGAAACAUUGUGAAAACAGAAUAGAGAGCUAUGUUUUCUAACUAUUUUAUGAGUACUCUAGCUCUAUAUAGGUAGAUUUCAAAUUAAGACCAUAUUUUUGUAAUAAUAUUGUGAGGGUCUACCCAAAGCCUACCAAGCCAACAUGAUCUGCUUUAAUUCAAAACGAAACUUUCUGCGUUUUAAGAUCAUCAUUUUUGCUUGACUAUUUUCUUUCAUUUGAAUGUAAUUGAAUAAGAUGGCCGAACCACCUGUCAGCUCCAAGCCAGUUUAUUUUCAGUCAUAUGUAAUCUGGGGAAAAUGAAAAUUGAAUGCCGUUGAGAACCUUUUUCCACGUAAAUGUGUGUAAGGCAGGUUUCUGUUCCUGCGUUUUGCGUUUUUACUCCCAUUUCUUUUUUUGUUUCAUGUUGUAUUUAGUGAAACAGAUGAAUUGAAUCAUGCCUAAAAAAAAAUCAUUAAAUAGAAAUGCAGAAAUAACAAAAGCAUCUCGACUGAAAGUAAUUUGCGAUAUGUUCUGAUCCAAAUCCGAUGGAAAAAUCCUGCAACAGCCCUAAAUGUUUGGCAUUUAUACAGCCGUCUUCUUUUAGUUUAAUAGUAGUACCAGGAAAUACCCAAAGGUAUCCAAAUUUAGAAACUGACACAAUCAACAUAGUUUUGGUUUGGGGGUAUUGGAUUGAUUUGUCAAGUGAUGGUUAAUCCUGUCUGAUGCACAGACCUGGUCUAAUCUUGAUCUGAUCUGACCUGACCUGACCUUGAACAUAGGUUUUAGGACAUUUUAACACAAUUUCUUUAGAGCAGUGAUGUCCUUAGUAUAUCUAGUGAUAGUUCUCUGACUAAUAAAAUUCUAUGGGCCAGUGUGUUUUUCAACCUCUAUCAAUUUCUUAGGCUAUGUUCAAGUUUUGUCUUGCACAUUCAGCUGAUCGAACAUGUGGCGUUUAGUUUUAGACAUUCCUACUUCUGCUGAUGUGGCAAACAUGAAUGUAAAUGCUGUUUAUCUGGACUUUAAUCGUGUUUCAUUCCUUGUUUUUGUUGGAAGCUGGUCAAUUAAUUCAUUUCUCUUAAAUCAGCCUUAGCUAAUAUAUUUGUGUAUUCAAUUUAGAUUAAAUCAACUGAUGCCUGGGUUCUUUUUGGAUGUGUGUGUUGUUUGUGAACCAAAAAUAAGAAAUAAAAUGUGUUUGAUAUGCCGA